CCAUUUUGAGGACGGGUUUUCUGUCGGGUCGAGUCGGGCGGAGGCGAGCGAGGGCCCCCGCCCGUCCAGCCAGUGUUGCCGUGCGGAAAAGCGGAGGAAAUGGCGGCGGCGACGGAGGAGGCGGCCCGGCUCGGCUGAGGCGACGACAACGACUCUGAGGCGGUUCCCCCCUCCCUCAGCCCUUCCCCGCGCUCGCAGCCGCCCUGCCUCUCGUGAUCUUUUAAAAUUGCAUGAUGUGUGAUGAGCUGGAGAUUCUUAACAGGGAGAUUGAGAGGUUAUUACAAAGCAGCACCGUGGAAGAAAGCUCUUUAAACUCAGAAUCUCUUCGCCCAUCAACCUCUGAUUCCUGGAAUGUAGUCACUGCUUCAGGCAAUGAAUCACAAAGCAGUUUAGUGAAGGCAGCCGCAUCCAGUGGAGCAUUGAUGGUUUUGGAGUCUUCCGAAUGGUGCCGAGAAGAUCAUUUCGCUUCCGACUUCCCCAGAUCAGCUAGUGCUGUAGGGAUUAUGUUGAGUGACUGUGAUGCUCUGCGGCUCUCCGGUGAUUCUUCCUCUGACUUGAGUCGAAUCACUGAAAAAAUCCCAACAAUCUCUAAUGCUGUGUCAGAAGUAAAAUCUGGAGCAGAAGAAGGGAGUUUGAAAUCUGUGGCCCUGGACACUGCAUCUAAUAUGGAAAACGCUUCUUUUGCAGUUUUGGAUGACAAAGGGGAGCAAAGCAAUGAAGAUGAACAAAAGACAGUUAAACCCACGAGUAAGGAGUUCAGGAAGACAUGGGGUUUUCGGAGAACUACGAUUGCAAAGCGUGAAGGCUUAGGGGACGCAGACAUGGACAUUGCUGAACAGCAGCCAUCUCCCCAGCAACAAAGCCUGGCUCUUAGGCGCAGUGGGCGACAGCCCAAACGCACUGAACGGGUAGAAGAAUUUCUUACAACAGUGAGGCGCAGAGGGAGGAAGAACCUUCCCACAGCUCUUGAGGACCUGAGCGAGCCAACCUCCUGCCAUGUUACUGACAUUGAAACUGCUUCUGAAGGUAGUGUAGAAAGUUUGACAGAGAUAAAAACUACCUCUCAAAAGUGCCGCUCCAAGGACAGCAAGGGCCAGUCAGCUCAGAAAGGCAGAAGCACAAAAGAACAGGAGGAGGAAGAGGAGGAGGAGGAGGAGGAUACAUCUGAUAGCGAUAGUGAUGGAUUAACAUUGAAAGAACUGCAGAACCGUCUGAGAAAGAAACGUGUUGAGCAGAAACCUACAGAGCUGACUUUAAAAGAUUUACAGAAUCGCCUCAGGAAAAAGCAGCCGCCACCAAAUCCUACUGAUCAGGUGGAUGUCCCAGUUGGCAAUCAGAUUAAGGCUGAACUGGCUGUAAAGCAGGAGGAGCCUGAGAAAACAGAUGACGUUCAGACUGGAGAUCAAGUAGCUGCUUCUGAGGAAGUGACUGAAGUGGUUCAGGUUAAGAAAGAGCCUCCUGUACAGUCAGGUGAUGAAGGUCAAACAUCCAUAAAGAGCAAGACAGACUCUGAGAUUUAUGAUCCUAGUACUCUGUACUGUAUCUGUCAACAGCCUCAUAACAACAGGUUUAUGAUUUGCUGUGAUAGAUGUGAGGAAUGGUUUCAUGGGGACUGCGUAGGAAUUUCAGAGGCUCGUGGGCGACUGCUGGAAAGGAAUGGGGAGGACUAUAUCUGCCCAAAUUGCACCAUUUUGCAGGUGCAAGAUGAGCCAGUCUCCGAAACACAACGACGAGAAACUGUAUCAGGGCAGUUGACAGGUGAUGGCACAGAACUCACAAGCAUAGGAACCGUUGAGCAAAAGUCAAGUGAGGACCAAGGCAUCAAGGGUCGGAUUGAAAAGGCUGCAAAUCCAAGUGGGAAGAAAAAACUCAAAAUAUUUCAACCAGUACUUGAAGAGCCUGAAGCAGCCAGUUGCAUUGGACCUGGCUGUUCUAAUGUAGCUCAGCCAGGUUCUGUGUAUUGUGGACAUGAGUGCAUUAUCAAGCAUGCUACAGCCACCAUGAAAUUAAUCAGUGAAGGCAAAGAACAAAAACCAAAAGAGAAGACAAGGCUAAAAGUUGAACGAUCUGUUGGCCUGAAACCUCCGCCUCUGGCAGGUACCAAACCUCUCCCUGCGCAGAAGAGACCGGCUCCUGAGAAAAGAGAGAUUGCUGUGAAGAAAGCUGUGGGGGCAGCCUUUAAGACCGAAGCAAAUGUUCAGACAGUUGCUAAAGAGCCAGCCUCAGAAAGCAGCACUCCAUCCUGGGCAAGCGAUCAUAAUUAUAAUGCAGUAAAGCCAGAAAGGACUCCUGCCAUUUCAUCAUCACUGUUGUUCAAAUCACAAAAAGAAGAACGGAAGAAUGAGGAUAAACCAGUAGAGUCUUCAACACCAUCAAAGAAAAUUAUUGUUUCAGCUUCUUCAGUUGAGAAACAGAUGUCUUCCCAAACCAGAAAUCCGCCUCUGAAGAAACCCCCUGCAUUUAUUAGUACUUCACUAACUAAGCACCCAAUUAAAUAUUCUGCUGCAGGCUUCAAAGGGGUAAUACCAAAGAAGUCCCCUUUGUCAGCCGGUUCACCUGCAUCAAGCAGCAUCUCAUCAUCAAAGCUGUCACCUCUCUCCUAUGGUACAUCCUCAGUUCCUAAAAAAACAUUUGCAACCACUAGCAUGAGUGGAGGAUCUCGAAAGCCGAUGGUAUCUUCCAUUUCUCCUUCUAUAACGUCUGUAGCACAAGCUAAAUCUGCAGCAAGUGCUGGUCAGUCACAACCGAACUCCCAAAUUCGACAAAAUAUACGGCGAUCCCUUAAGGAAAUUUUGUGGAAAAGAGUAAAUGAUAGUGAUGAUCUGGUCAUGACAGAGAGUGAAGUGGGAAAGAUAGCACUAAAUAUUGAAAAGGAAAUGUUUAACUUGUUCCAAGCUACAGACACUCGAUACAAGAGCAAAUAUCGUAGCAUUAUGUUUAACCUCAAAGAUCCCAAAAAUCAGGGCCUUUUCCACCGUGUUCUUCGUGAAGAAAUUGCUUUGUCAAAGCUAGUAAGAAUGAAGCCAGAAGAACUUGCAUCCAAAGAGCUGUCUGUUUGGAAAGAAAAACCAGCCAGAUCAAUAAUGACAUCCAGACGUAAAUCUAAUGAAAAUAAGAAAUCAACAGUAAAACAGGAACCCAUUCCAGAUGUUAACCUGGAGGAUUCCCCACCAGUGUCUGACUCUGAUGAGCAGCAAGAGUCAGAUAGAGCAGCCCCUGAGAAAAGCACUGUGCCUCUUCUGGAUGUUUUCAGCAGUAUGUUAAAGGAUACAACGAGUCAACAUCGAGCCCAUCUUUUUGAUCUGAACUGCAAAAUUUGUACAGGUCAGGUUUCAGCAUCAGAUGAAGAAUCAGCUUCAAAGAAAUCAAAAUUUCCAUCUUCAUCGGCUAAGAAGGUGGAACCAAAGCCAGAAUCAAAGACAAAAUCUGAAAGCUUAACACAAGCAGAGGAUAUGGAGAUCGAAAAAGAAGAAUCGGACAAUGCUCCAGAACCCCUUACUGGAUCUGCUACUGAAGCAAUCCCUCAACCAAGCUUAGAGAAAACUUAUGUCCCAUUAACUCAAGGGCAAAAUAGUUUGGAAUCUCCUCUGCCCAAUGAGAGCUCUCUCUAUCCUGCAUCUUAUGCUGGUGGAGUCAUCACUACUGUAACCGUCUCUGGCAAGGAUCCCAGAACAGCAAUGAGCACUUCAUUAGCCUCUGUUUCUGCUGGGACUUCUGCACUGCAUCCCAUCCCUGCCCCCGAGAAAGUUUCUCUAGGUGAAAGUAAAGCAGAAAUUUCACGAUCAGUUUUGCCGCCUCCAAAAUCAAUACUAACAAAGCCAUCCUCCUCCUCUGAUCCAAGAUACUUAGCAGUUUCACCAUCACAAAAUGUUGGUAUUUCAGAGACACGGUCCCCUCAGGAAGGAGACACUUCCCAGUUUCUCUCGCGUAUCAGCACCAUUUGGAAAGGCUUUAUCAACAUGCAGAGUGUGGCCAAGUUUGUCACCAAAGCAUACCCUGUUUCGGGGUCCUUUGACUACCUCAGUGAGGAUUUACCAGAUACAAUUCACAUUGGAGGGAGGAUUUCACCGAAAACAGUGUGGGAUUACAUUGGCAAACUUAAAUCCUCUGUAUCAAAGGAACUGUGUUUGAUUCGUUUCCAUCCUGCAACAGAAGAGGAAGAGGUGGCCUACAUUUCUCUGUACUCCUAUUUUAGCAGUCGUGGUCGGUUUGGUGUUGUAGCUAAUAACAACAGACAUGUCAAGGACCUCUAUCUGAUUCCUCUCAGUGCUAAGGAUCCAAUUCCACCCAAACUUUUGCCCUUUGAGGGACCAGGACUUGAAUUGACACGUCCAAACUUAAUUCUUGGAUUAGUUAUUUGUCAAAAAGCUAAGCGUCCAGCAGCUGUAUUAGAAUCUGAAAAGACAGAAGAAAAGCGAAGCAGAAUUCAAUUACAGGAUGAAACAGAAGUACCUACGUAUUCUAAAGGCACUUCACUUUCUCAGCAAGACAAGAAAUCUCCAAAAUUCUCCCUGUAUUCUGGAGAUACAGUUGCCAGUACACCACCUGGUUCUCCACCACCUCCACCACCAAUUCCCUCUUUGGAACAAUCUUCAGUUGUAACUCCUUCUGUGCUAAAAAUAUUGUCAUCAAUUAAAACAGGAAACUCAACCACUGCCACUUCAUCAAAUGUUUCAUUGCCAGGAAGUAACACAAGUACCCCAUCCUCUACAGCUCCCUCAUCUUCAAAAUCAUCCACACCUCUCGAUCACAUUCUGCAAACACUGUUUGGGAAAAAAAAAUCUUUUGACUCUGUUAACAAGGACUCUGAAAUUACUCAGAUUUCUAAGACUGAAGCUCAAACCAUUUCUGAAGAAGGACUACCAACUGUUCCAUUACUGGAUCCCAUUGUGCAGCAGUUUGGGCAGAUGUCAAAAGAUAAAGCUAUAGAAGAGGAGGAAGAUGACAGACCUUAUGAUCCUGAGGAAGAGUAUGCCCCAGAGAGAGCUUUUGAAAUGCAGAGUGGUGAAAGCGGACUUGAAAAACGAUGUGAAGCUUCAGAGCAUGAAGAUGAAGCCUAUGAUCCAGAAGAUGAAACUAUUUUAGAAGAGGCAAAAGUUACUGUUGAUGACUUACCUAAUAAAAUGUUUUCAGAGUCUAAAAACAACUCUUUGGCAACAUCUGCUCCAUUUGUGCCGGAUAUACCAGCUUCAACAUCUUUGGUAGAGCAGCAGAAAAUGUUAGAAGAAUUAAACAAACAAAUAGAAGAACAGAAAAGGCAACUGGAAGAACAGGAAGAAGCUCUUAGGCAGCAAAGAGCAGCUGUGGGUGUAUCAAUGGCUUGUUUUUCAGUGUCUGAUGCUUUACUGUCACCUCCUCCAAAGUCAGCCAUAGCGAAAAUUGAAUUAUUUCAAAAUGAAAAACAACCUGCUGAAAAAUCUGAACUGAUCACAUCCUUAAGUCAGACUCAACUGUUAAGUCAGGGAAUUGAUCCUAGACAAAGCAGGGAUCCCCGACAAGCUCGAAGGAUCAUAGCUGAAAGUAACGAAAAUGCUGACUCUAAUUUGAAGACACAAACAAUACAGACAGAAUCCUCUACAGGGGAAAUUCUUUUACCUAGCUAUUCAGGUCCACCACAAACGUUACUUAACAAAGAUGAUAAAACAUUGAUGUCUAUUACUCAGCCUGGUCAUAAUGAAACAUGGGUAACAGGUGAAAAGAGUUCUGCAUUGCCUGAACAAGACGUACCUACUAUCAAGUUUGAAAAUUCUCCACAAGUUCACCAGGAAACCAUAAAUAAAUCUGCUGGUGAAGCAUCCAUAACUGCACCUGUUCGUAAAGUACUGCUUCCCACACCUCCCAAUCCAUGUUUCCUGUCUAGUUUCUCUGCACCUAACGAUGCUCAGAAUAUAAGUUGGUCAAAUGUGUCUCAGGGCAAUAAUACAGCAGGUGUAGGAAGAGAUUCUUUUUCAGGCACUGUAUUCCCACCCCAUGAAAAAGUUCCUGGUCACUUUGAAGCAGAAAGAGGGCCCUCUUCAUUGCAAUAUGACGGCCAAAAAAAUCCUCAGUCUUGCCACUUUUUUGAAAAAGUGGAAAAUCCAGCAAUUCAAAGUGAAGAAGAAAGAGGUGGACCCCCUUUUUCUUCUGUUGGCCAAAAGGGUGUUCCCAGUCCACUAAUUUGUGGUGCUCCUGAUUUUCAUGGACCGAGGGGCCCACCACCACAGUUUACUGAAGGACAUAAUCCUCCUCCAAAUAACGAUGGACAAAGGGGGCCUCCGCCAAACAGGUUUGGAGCUCCAAGAACACCUAUUCCUUCAUUAUUCUCUGCACAACAUGGACCACCUCCUCUCUUUGGUGAUAACAGGGGCCCUUCACCAUCAUUUCCUGGAGGUCCACAAGAAAUGGCACCUUCUCAGUUUGAAGAACAUAGGGAACCUCACAAGGAACACAAGGAUUUUCCAGAUUCCCAGUAUCACGAGAUGCCUGGACCUCCUGGAAAGUUCGAAGGUCCUGAGCCUCCCCAGUUUAUGGGAAAUAGAGGACCUUCACCUUUUCCUUUUGGGGGUCAAAGAAGGCCUCCUCCAACUCAAUUUAAAAGUCAAAGAGGAGGCCCACCACCACAGUUUGGAGGACCAAGAGGUCCCCCUCCUAAUCAUUUUGGAGGUUCAAGAGGUCCUCCUCCAAAUCAGUUCGAAGGACAAAGAGGACCUGCUCCAGGUCACAUGCCAGGAUCAAGAGGACUCUUACCACCACCAUUUGAGGAACGAAGAGGGAGCCCGCCACCCAGAUUUCCAAGCCAGAGAGGCCCAGCACCACAUCAGUUUGGUGGGCCAAGGGGACCUGCACCUGGUCUAUUUCCAGACCAAAAUGAACCUUCCUCAAAUAGACAUAAUUUUCAAGGGCAGGCUCAGCAAGGUAUGAAACCAGCCCCCAGACCACUUCUGGAUCUUCCAAGUCAUCCACCACAACACAGAAAAGAGAUGUGGGAUGAAACUGGGCCCCCAGCUUCUCAUUCUAAUACUUCAGGACAGGGGUCCGACUCAGAAGGACAAUGGUCAGCAUCUGAUUUUCGAGAUGGCCGAAGUAAUGAAUAUAGAGCUCAAAAUUUUGAAGGGAGACAAAGAGAGAGAUUUGAGGGUGUUAAUAAGGAGAAAAUAUUAGAGCAGCCUGAUGUCCAACAAUCUGAUAAUCGACCAAAUAGAGGACCUGAUGAUAGACGAAGAGAUCGGGAUCAUAAUCGGCCAUGGGAAAGAGACCGUGGCAGAAACUGGAAUAGAGGCAGGGAAAGGGAUUGGGAGAGACAUAGAGAAAGAGACUGGGAUAAAAACAGAGAUAGAAACUAUAACAAAGACCGGGAAAGAGAGUCAGACCGAGGUAAAGACUGGGAACGAAACAGAGAGAGAGGCAGAACCAGAGAAGGUGAUUUUUACCGAAGACGGGACCGAUCAAGAAGCAGGGACCGGGAUCAUGAUAGAUACAGGGAGAGAGAACAAUUUCGAAACAGAGAAAAAGAUCGAGAAAGGGAUAGGGACCGUGACAAAGAAAGAAUCAGAGAUCGCAAGGACCGCAGUAAAAGUAAGGAAUGUGACAAAGACUCAAAGCCAGAAAUACAAACAGGUGGCCAAAGGCCAUCACAUCCUGAAGAUGUUCCUUCUUCCAGUAAGACAUAGAAAGGGAAUGACCACUCAAUAACGAGUCACUCAGAAAAAAGGCAACUGUAUGAACUGACUCUGAACUCUUUGUAUAUAUUGUAUAUUCUGGCAGAAAAAUACUUUGGUAAAGCCUGUUUCACAAAAAUGGAACAUUUUUGAACAACUGUACAAUGCAUCAGAUAUUCAUAUAUUAGGCAGGUAUUUGCUGGACUUGCUAUACUAUGUUCGUAAUGUUUUAUUACAAAAUACAAUGAGCAAACUCCUUGUCUGUGUUGGUGUAAUGCCAGUCUGCUGAGGGAUUCUGAUAAGGCUUAAAUGGAGCCCUGACUUUCCCAUUUAGCCCAUGUGCACAAGUGUGCAUGCAGGCAACUGGGACUUUUCAUUGCUCACAAUGUUGCACUGCUUCUCAAGAAGAAAAAGCAAGUAUCGAGCCUUAUGGGGAUCCCUCCAUGUGCAGAUUCUGUGCCCAUGCAGGGAAGGAUCAUGCCUGUAGCAUUAUACUUGUGAAAUGUUGCUUUCUCCUACUUCCUUUAUCUUAAAAUUUCCAUUGACAGAUAAUAAAAAUGGAAAUGUCUUCAAAGAGCACAUUGCUUUUUAAGGAUAUAAAGUUAUGUUUUCUAAUAACUUGAACUGUAAUUUUAUGAGAACUUAAGCAAGAUCUUAGAAGCCAUAUCUUUGCAUCGCCAAUACGUAAUAUUUGUUUUCGUUUCAAGUUGUUCCUACGCUCGAGAGCCCAAUAUUUCUGUCCUAUCUAAUUAUGGAUGGAUUUUCUGUAUUUAAGUAGCUAAUGCUGAGGAGCAGUGUUAUUUCUCAUUUGUAACUGGCAGAAUAUUUGAAUAGGAAAUGUUAAGUUUCUAAGUUCACUAUUUUCCUUUUUAUAUAAGGGCAUUUUGACUUAAAGACAAUUUAGAGUACAGACAAGAAAUGAAUAUUUCUAAAUAACUACUUUUCAUCUGAGUAAAAUGUUUUAAAUGUUGCAUUUUUACAAAAAAGGUAUAAUUAAUGAAAAUUAAUGACAUCUACAUAUAAUGCAACUAAGCUUUUAAAACAUGCUUAUUGGAAAUUAUUUUAUAAAUUAUUGAAUUGCUUCCAUUGAUGUAGAGCUGAAUGUUACACUUCAGAAUUCAAGCAAUUUGGCUUUCCCUAUAAAUAUUAGUCAUUAGGGAUCAAUUAAUAUUAAGAAGAUUCUUAGUCAUAAAUUAAAAUAUCGAUACACAUUCCAGCCAAAGAUAAGCACUUUUAAGUCCCAUUGAUUUAAGUGGGAGUGAAAUUUAAGCAUAUGUUUAAAAGUCCUGUUCGCAUUAAUAUAAUCUAAAGGGGCUUAACUUUGGAGUUGUCAAAAAAUUCGUGAUUAUUUUGAUGAUAUUGAAAGUAAAUAUAUUUGAGCAAAGGUUGGAAUAGUAGAGCCACUGUGAAUAGUUCAGUACUUUAAAAGGGACAGCUUUUCACAUGAAAUGCAGUAUACUCUUACUUUUCUUGUUUUGUUCAAGUUCAUAAUUCUGAAGUGUGCAUAGAAAAAGAAUACUGCCAGUUAAAUUGGGUUUGUACAUUUACAGUUGGAUAGUUUCUUUGAUAUUUUUAUUAAAAAUUCAAAUGCAAAAUUAGAUUCUUAACAUUUGCAUUUUGAAGUCUGCAUUACAAUUAGCACUACUCCAUAAAUCACUACGGAUUUACACUUUAUAUUGGUACAUAGUAUUUAAACAUCAAGUACAUAUUGGAUUUAAAAAAUGGGCUGUGUACAAAAACUUUUGCAAAAUGUUAAAGAUGAUAUAGAGUGCAAAUAUCUAAUAUGAUGUAACUUUUAUUCAAGGCGUUUCUAAUUUAGACAUACAUUUAAGUAUGCAAAAUCAAGUGUUUGUUUAGGUUUACUUGACAGGAUUCUGUAAAUUGUAUUUUAUAUUUCAGAAUAUCACUGUACAUUAAAUGUGGGACUUCAUAGGUUUUGUUACUGAACGUCAAAUAAAAAUCUACAGAAAUUCUUUGUAUGAAAAUUAUACGAAUUAGCUGUAACAUCUGACAGAUAAACUAGUAGUCUAAUUUGUCACUCUUUUUGGAAGACAGAAAAGACCAGAAGAUGACUUGUAAAACAAGAAUUCCAUUCAAAGGUUUUCAUUAAAGCAGAUAUUAUUGA